AUGAAAUUGCAACAUCAUGUUUUUUUCCUCUUCUUCAGUUCUCCCGGCAGCCGAAGAAUCUGUGUGAGUGUUGAUGCAGGAUGGCAGAAGCGGGGCAGUGGAAAAUGCUAUGACAGCCUGUCUGGACACUGCUCAAUGAUCGGGAACAAAACUGGCAAAGUUCUUGGCUAUUCGAUCCGCUCAAAGAGUUGCCGAAUCUGUCAUCAAGCAAAUAAAGCUAACAGGAUUCCUGAAGAGCAUGACUGCAGAAAGAACUGGGAUGGUUCCAGUAAAGGUAUGGAACCUGACAUGGUAUCUGAGAUGGUAGUUAAAGCUAAGGAAGAGGAUGUACAUGUGACCUCAAUCAUAGGAGAUGAUGAUGCUACAAGUAUAGCCAGAUUAAGGGCAAAUGUAGACAAGGACAUUGUUAAACAGUCUGACAAAAAUCAUGUGAGGAAAGGCUUAGGUAAUAAACUGUAUCAGCUGCAGAAAAAACACAAGACACUGAGCACCAAAGUAAUCAGGUAUCUACAAAAAUGUUUCAACUACAUGAUCAGCCAAAACAAAGGAAACCAAGAUGGAAUAAGCAGAGGAUUAACUGCACUAUCAUGUCACCCAUUUGGUGAUCACAGUAAGUGUGAUGACACUUGGUGCAGAUUUUUGAUGUCGUCAAGCUCAAGCUUCAGGUCUCUUCCUUAUGGUAAAGCUCUGUCAGAUUUGACUUUACAAGCAGACCUAAAAGCUUUGUUUGACAACUAUGCUAUACACAAAGUAAGACUUGCCAGUCUUGGAAGCACACAAUCCAAUGAUCGUUUUAACAAGACCGUGUCUAGCAAGGCACCAAAAUCUAGACAUUAUUCUGGCUCCUCAAGUCUUCACUUCAGGGUUGCUGCUUCCGUUGCACAAAAGAAUGUGGGCCACAGCUAUAUUAUAGCUGUUAACAGGACUCUUGGACUGUCACCUGGGACCUAUACCAGACAGCAUUUCACACUGAAAGAUCUUCAGCAUCGCAAACGAAAGGCUAUUGCAUCAACGAUUAAAGCUAAACAGCAUAGAUUACAUCUCAAGGUUAUGAGAAGUCAGAAGCGAACAGUUCAAGAAGUCAGAGAAGGUACGACGUACUCUGCCAUGGUUGACAUGUCUGAGGAGACUGACACCGAUGACCUAGUUAGCAUUCCUCCACCACUUCCUGUACCUGUCCAGGAGCCACUUCAGCUUAACAACACCACAUAGAUAGUCUUUGAUCUUGAAACUACUGGCUUAGCGAGAACAUCUCAUGUGACACAGUUAGCUGCAGUCCGGGGUGAAGAACGAUUCAACCGCUAUGUUGUACCCGAGGUACAGAUUACUCCAGCUGCUGCACAGGUCACAGGCAUACGUGUUGAGGGGAG